AUGGUUCAUCCAUUCUCCCUGCUUUCAACAGUGCAGCUCGUCUUAACAGCACGCAAUGCCUCCGCAGCAUACGACUACGUCAUAGUGGGAGGUGGUACCGCGGGAAUGCUCUUGGCUAACCGCCUCUCUGCCAACCCAAGAAUCACCGUUGCUAUUGUCGAAGCAGGAAGCUCUGCCUUCAAUAAUCCCAACGUAACUUACGUACCAAAGUCCAUCGCAGAGUUCGGUCUGGGCUUCAACACAUCUGUAGAGUGGGGAUACACGACGGAGCACCAGAAAUAUGCUGCGAACGAUUCUCUGCCUUACUGGGCUGGCAAAGGCAUCGUUGGGUCGACACUGAUCAACGGAAUGACGUACGUGAGGGCGGAAAAGAGGCAAAUUGAUGCCUGGGAAGAGUUGGGUAACGAGGGGUGGAAUUGGAAGAGUCUGGACAAGUACUAUGUGGAGCAGGAAAGCUUCCUGACUCCAAGUGAGCAGCAAAGAGUCAAUGGAGCGACAUUCGAGGAAAGUGCUCAUGGAUACGAGGGAGGGCUUGAUGUGGGGAUCACACCUUAUAUAACUGGUCAAAGGGCUUUUGAUGUUCUGAGAGAGACACAUGAAGCUCAGGGAUAUGUAUGGAACAAGGACGUGAACACGGGUAACAUGCCAGGGUUCUGCACUUGGCCGAUGACGCUUGAUGCUUCCAAGGUGGUGAGAGAAGAUGCUGCGAGGGCUUUCCAUUAUCCUGUUCAGGAGCGGCCAAAUCUACACGUGUUUCUCAAUUCUACGGCAUCACAUAUCCUCUGGACAGACUUGGACGACGCGUCAGACAGGACCGCUUCAGGGGUUCAGAUUGUGAGAUCGGACGGAACCAUGAGAACGCUGCAAGCUAUCGAAGAAGUCAUCGUAGCCGCAGGCUCCAUCAGAUCACCCGCCAUACUCGAGCUGUCAGGAAUUGGCAAUCCAUCAGUUUUGAGGUCGCUCGGUAUCGAAACUGUUGUCGCACUCCCAUCUGUGGGUUCAAACCUCCAAGACCAACCAGCAAACGGCAUUGUCUACUCCUCUCCCACGAACUGGACCGGAUAUUCUACAUUCGCAAGCUUCCUCACUGCAUCGGACCUUUUCGGUCCUGACCUUUCUUCCGUUACCGCCAGCGUCAAAGCAAAUCUGACAUCCUGGGCUUCAACCAUUCUUUCGGACUACGUCCCCAACGCCACAACACUCGCAAUCCAAGAACGGUUACUCCAACACCAACUCGACCUCGUAUUUACAAGCAACAGUACCGUCCCGCUAGCCGAGAUUCUCUGGGCACCAAUUGGCAACGCCAUCGUAGCGCAGUUCUGGAACCUCCUCCCUUUCUCCCGCGGCUCGAUUCACAUCAACUCGACAAACCCAAUAUCACAACCUUCCAUCAACCCGAACUUCUUCCAGCUUCCAAUCGACACGCUUGUCCAAGCCGCCAUCGCCGUCCGCGUUCGCAAGCUGUUCGCCACACCCCCGCUGUCCCAGCACGUCACUGCCGAAGUCACACCUGGAUUUUCCGCCGUGCCGCGGAACGCGAGUUUCGCAGAUAAAAGAUGGGCGACAUGGAUCAAGGGGAGUUUUUCGGGGAACUCGCAUCCGGUUACCACGUGUGCGAUGAUGGGGAGCGAGUUGGGCGGUGUGGUUGAUAGCGAGGGGAAAGUGUACGGCACGUGUAAUGUGAGGGUCGUGGAUGCAAGUAUCUUCCCCACGCAGAUUAGUGGUCAUUUGAGUGCGAGUGUGUACGCACUGGCUGGGAAGAUCGCAGAUGCGGUGUUGAAGAAGGCUGAGAAGGUGUAG